AUGGCGUCUGUGAGCGUGGUGGGCCAGCAGCCGGGUCCGCACAGGCUGGACUCGGAACCGCCGAUGCUGCUCUUCAAACUGUCGGGCACCAAGGCGAAGAUCAGCCUGCCGAGGAAGUCGUCCUGGGAGAAGAUGAUGUUCGCGAGGAGCUGCGAGGACUUCGGCUCGGUCACUGCCGCUGAGGAGUCACGACCUCCUCCGGAACCAGCUGGAGGAGCGGCGGUCGGAGGAGGGAGGAUGCCCGGGGAAGGAUGCGGUGUCCGGGCCGCCGGUUCUGAUGCGCCACGUAGCCCGACACAGCAGGGCGGCGGCGGUGUCGCCGGGUCACCGCAGGGUCGAGCCGGGCGCCUCGGCAUCAACCGGGAGGCAAACCAAAACACGGGGAGUCGGCGGGGGGGCUCGCUGAAGGAGUCCGGGCUCGGUGCCAUGCCGAGCGGACCGACCGACGGUCGUAGGAGAUCCCACCGGCACCGGGACUCACGGCUCGGGAGACGCGGCUCUCGGAACGGAGGCGCCGGCCCUCAGAGCGCCUCCUCCCCGGGGGAGUGCGGAGGUCUGCCGCUGGAGCGGCUCACGCAGGGCCGGACCGGGGUGGUGAAGCUGGCCCGCACCGAACCGCACCGCAUCGAGGCCUGGUCCAUCUUCCCGCAGGAGAUGGACCCUCGGGUGAGGACGGAGAGAGGCGAGGGACACAGGUUCGAAACCCAGCCCGUGAACCAGGACUGGUGCGACGUGUGCAGCCGGGAGAUCUCCGCGCAGGUUGUCAAGUGCCAAAACUGCAGCUACUCCUGUCACCUCGAGUGUGCGACUCACAUCCAGCUCGACUGCAACCAGAGAGACAGAAAGCCACAAGAAAGCCCACAUCCCAGAAGCCACUGCUCCUCCACACCUCCUCGGCACAAGCAAAGUAAGACCAAGGAGGAAGAGGAGGGGAGCACUAAAAACCUGUCAGAGGAAGAGGUGCAGGCCAAGAUAGAAGAAUACAACACUCAAGUGUCUGAAAAUGGCAUGAAACUGGCUGCUGAUGGGUCUUACACCGGUUUCAUCAAGGUCCACUUGCGGCUCAGUCGGCCCGUCACGGUCCCCGCCGUGAAGGCGCAAAGCUCAGAGGGCAACCACAACCCAUCAGAGGACCAGGACGAAACGGACUGUGGGUACGCAGAGAAGAGAACGUCCUUCUAUUUACCGUGCGACUGCGUGAAGCAGCUCCACAUCAGCUCUCUGACCACCACCAGGGAGGUCAUCCAGGGCCUGCUGAAGAAGUUCAUGGUGUUGGACAAUCCCCGCAAGUUUGCAUUAUACCGGCAGACGCACCGCGACAGUCAGGACUUGUUCCAGAAGCUUCCUCUGUCGGAGCGUCCUCUUCUGCUCCGGCUGAUUGCAGGACCAGACACAGAGCAGCUCACCUUUGUCCUCAAGGAAAACGAGACUGGGGAAGUAGAGUGGCACGCCUUCUCAGUCCCCGAACUGCAGAACUUCCUGGUCAUCCUGGAAAAGGAGGAGGCGGAGCGCGUUCGAGCCGUGCAACAAAAAUACACCAUUUACAAACAGAAGCUACAGCAGGCCCUACAACAACAUGACCCCUGACCUCAUGUCUCCAACCUGGAGACAGGCGGACCGUUUGAACUCUGACUCCGCCCCUUCCCAGAAAGACCCCGUGAUCAAGUCACCUGAACUUUUUAGGCUCCUUAUACA